ACCUACGUCGACCCUGCUGACUAUGAUGUGCUUCGAUUUUGGACCAGAGGUCUUCAUCCCGCUUCUUUGUUCUCCUCACUACCUAGGGGCGUCUCUCUCUUUUCAAAAGUCAAACCCCCAGGUCUCUGCUUUGGUCAUGUUAUGAUGGCAACACGUUUAAAACAGGAUUCAAGACUGUCUCUCCAUCUUUUCAAGACAGUUCCGAUCGGCCCUUCUGCAGAUGCAGCUGAGCGAAGUUUGGCUACUCUUUUGCCUCGACUUCACUUUACACCACUAUCCAAAGCAAGCCCUGUCGUUCAUCAGGCUCUCUCCAUCACCAGCCUGUUCGGCAUAUCAGCUCUUGGUUUCAUGUCUUUGGUUUACCUCCUGGGAUCAUCAUUUGCGAGCCUUACCAAUACUGCUGGCAAUGAGACUCUGAUCGCCUGGUGUCUGGCUGCGGCUGCGGUUUCAGGAGCGACUGGUAAUAGCCUAUUGCUAAACAAGGCAAAAGAGCGGAUGGGUUUACUGGAACGACAAAAAGAGCUGGUACGUAAUAGAUGA